GUUUCACUUAUCCCCCCCGAUAACAUUGUUUUCUUGCAUUUGUCGCCGGGCUCCCAGCCAGCGAGCCGUCUACAGUUUGAGGACAGGUUGAGAUUGUUCUGGCUCUAAGACCGCUAAUCACUCCCUUUACCAGAUAACACUACGAGACUCUGAGCACCAGCUAUCCUGAGGGAAGCUUCUGAGGGAACCAGAUGGUUCCAUCAGUCUUUCCUUCCCAGGUGGGACAAACCAUUUGCAGGUCAGGACCUCUGGAGGCCCCAGCAGAGUUUCCUCUGGGGCCCCCAGCAGAGUUUCCUCUGGAGGCCCCAGCAAAGUUUCCUCUGGGGCCCCCAGCAGAGUUUCCGCUGGCUGCUGGUGACAUGUCUCCUCUCUCCUUGUUCUGUCUGACUCAGCCUUCCUACACUCCCCUCACCAGCCUGUCUACACUGCAACUAAACAUGGAGUCAUCGGCUUCACUAGAGCUAUGGCGGACGCAUCCUCACAGGGCGAUUACGGCGUCCGGAUCAACGUUCUGUGCCCGGCCUUCGUGGACACUCCUCUGCUGCACUCAGUGGAACAUGAGGACAACAUGGGCAAGUUUGUCAAGUUCAAGGACGAUUUCAAACGAAACAUGAGCAAGUUUGGAGUUUUACAGCCUUCUCUGAUCGCAGAGGGCAUGAUGAGGCUGAUCAUGGACUCCAGUCUGCAGGGGGCAGUGAUGAAGAUCACAUGCUCCAAGGGAAUCCACUUCCACACCUAUGAACCCAUGUCUGCCUGAGCCUAGACACACUGGCCGUUUCUCAAUGUCGAGUAAACCUGCUGCAGAGCCACUAUUUCAAGUAUACUACUUCAUCGAGUGGUGCCG